GAGAGCGAGCGAGAGAGAGAGAGAGAGACUCCAUCCCCAUGAGCUCAUGAAUAAAUUAUAGCGGCUCAUUGUGCAAUAGAGGGAGGAAUGCGGUUGAGCCUGGCAAAAUACAGCCGAGUGGGUAACGUUACGGACUGUACAGACAUACAGAGAGAGAGAGAGAGAGAGAGACACACACACACACACGCGCUCGCGUUUCAGGAGCUCCGAGUGCUCGCUUGCUUCAGCGCAGCCGCCGAUGGUUAUGCCGCGGUCUCACCGCCAGACUCCGUGCAGCUCCACCGCCAGACACGCACACCGAGCUUGGGACGGAGCUCCAGCACUGCUAGCGCGAGCUCUUAGCUCUUAGCCUCGUGUCUCGUAGAUGGAUUACAGGCAGGACUGAGACGGCUAUUCGCGGUGUCGCGUCUUAACUUCAGGUUAAUUUAAUUCAAUUAAAAGGGGAAAAUAAAGGAUUUAAAAGAAAAGCUCAUUGUAUCCGGCGGAGGAGCAGUCAGGCUUCAGUGUGCUCCAGCCUCCCGAGUCCUACACCCGAACAACCGCGGGCAGCUGGAGCCAGUCUCAAGACUGCCUGCCAGGUUGACGUGAUUCGGGGUUCUCAGCUGACCCCCACGUUCCUCCGAUGAACCCCAUCAACUCCAUGAAACCUGCCCUGCCUCCAACGCCACACAGUGACGGCUCGUACCCCUAUGACCCAGCGUCCUGGCAGCAAGGCACCAACCAGCCCCCCGGCUCCCUGUCUGUGGUAACCACAGUGUGGGGGGUUACCAGUCCUUCACCCAGCCAGGUAUUUGGUGCUCCUAUGGGCCCGGGUGGCAAUUCAGGUGGUGGUCACAUGAUGCCUGGCAACAGCCCUGGCAUGAACUCUCCACAGUUCAUGGGUCAGCAGGGCUACCCGGAGCCUAACAAGGGCUACAUUCAGCAGGGGAUGUACGGCCGGCCUAGCGGGGGCUACCCGACCGGACCUGCGUACGGCGGCAGUUACCCCAAUAACGGCGGAGGAUCCCUCGGGAUGCCUCCUCACGGCGUCCGUCCUUCUACCGACUUCACGCAGGCAGCCGCCGCCGCUGCUGUUGCCGCCGCCGCUGCCACAGCGACCGCAACCGCCACGGCGACCGUCGCCGCGAUACAGGAAAAGCAGAACCAGGAGAUGAACUACGGGCCCAUGGGUGGUGCUUCCUCUUACAACACUCAGUUCAUGCCCCACCCUGGACCCCGCGGCCCACCAGGCAUGGCUUCCUCGGGGAUGGUAAGCUCCAGACCCCCGUCAAUGGGAGCCAUGUACGGUUCACAGGGACAGCGUAUGCCUCAACACUCCGGUUACCCCGGGGGUCAGCAGGGUCCUCCGCCACGACACCAGCAGGGGCUGAAGCGCCCUUACAACUCUGAGGGAUUUCCGGGGCAGCAGUACAGCUCCGGGAUGGGCGCAGCUGGUCCUUACCCCGGCCAGGCCAUGCAGUACCACGGGCCCGGCCCGCAGCGCUCGGCGCCUUCGCCUUCCUACACGACCCACAGAAUGCCGCUUCAGCAGGGCCAGUAUCCUGCAGGACCAGGAAACCCAGGCCAAUAUUACAAGGCGGAUCAGUUCAACGGGCAAGGCAACAACCAUGGGAGUAUGGCCGCAGGAGUGGGCGGAGGCGGAGGGUACAACACGUUUAAUCAAGGGGCUGUGAACGGGCCUGGACGGGCAAUGCCUGGCUACCCCAGCUCACCCCUCCCAGGGAACCCUACUCCUCCCAUGACUCCAGGCACCUCGAUUCCAUCCUCCUUUAUGUCGCCUCUUCCGGAUGUCAAGUCUCCCUUCCUCCCUGACGUCAAGCCCAAUAUCAACACAAUGCAGCCCUCUACAGGGAACCCAAGCGAUGACCUGCGGCUGACUUUCCCCGUGAGGGACGGUGUGGUGCUGGAACCCUUCCGGCUGGAGCACAACCUGGCUGUCAGCAACCACGUCUUCCAGCUGCGUGACUCUGUCUACAAGACACUCAUGAUGAGGCCGGAUCUGGAGUUGCAGUUUAAGUGCUAUCAUCAUGAGGACCGGCAGAUGAACACAAACUGGCCGGCCUCGGUGCAGGUGAGCGUGAACGCCACGCCCCUCACCAUUGAGCGCGGCGACAACAAAACAUCCCACAAGCCGCUUUAUCUGAAAAACGUGUGUCAGCCGGGUCGGAACACCAUCCAGAUUACCGUCACUGCCUGCUGCUGUUCUCAUCUGUUCGUGCUGCAGCUGGUCCAUCGGCCCUCGGUGCGCUCUGUGUUGCAGGGUCUUAUGAAGAAGAGGCUCCUGCCUGCCGAGCACUGUGUCACCAAAAUCAAGAGGAACUUCAGCAGCGGAACAAUACCGGGAACUCCUGGGCUAAACGGCGAGGACGGUGUCGAGCAGACGGCCAUUAAGGUCUCCCUUAAGUGUCCAAUCACUUUCCGGCGCAUCCAGCUUCCAGCUCGGGGUCACGACUGCAGACACAUACAGUGUUUUGAUCUGGAGUCAUACCUGCAGCUUAACUGUGAGAGAGGAACUUGGCGCUGUCCUGUGUGCAAUAAGACAGCUCUUCUGGAGGGUCUAGAAGUGGAUCAGUACAUGCUGGGCAUUCUCAUCUAUAUCCAGAAUUCGGACUACGAGGAGAUCACUAUUGAUCCAGUGUGUAGUUGGAAGCCGGUCCCUGUGAAACCUGAUCUGCAUAUUAAAGAGGAUCCGGAUGGUCCAGCGCUGAAACGAUGUCGCACCCUCAGUCCCAGUCAUAUGAUCUUGCCCAGUGUUAUGGAAAUGAUUGCCGCGCUGGGCCCGGCCUCGUCGCCCUACCAAUCCUUGCCACAAGGUGGCAGUAGCAGCACGCCUGAUUACCCCAGCCAAGCCGGUUCGGGAUAUUCCAAUCAGCCAGGCUUGUCAGACUUCCCCAAUGCCCCCGGCACUCCGACCCUGGGCGAGUUUUCCACGGGGCCCCCGCCACUCUCCUACCAGGCCGACCUUCCCAGCGGCCUGCUGACCCCUGAGAAACCCAUGGGGCACCCCAUGUCCGGACAGAUUCCCCACUCUAGUCGCAUGGACCCAUCUCACAACCCCCUCCAGCAGCAGCAGCAGCAGCAGCCACAACAGCAGCAUCAACCUCUCCAUGGCAGUUCCAACAUGGGUGGCCCUGGAGGACCCAUGCAUCCACGCAGCUCCAACCAGAAUCCGCGGCUGCACACAGAUAACUUUGGCCUGGGCGGCCCCGGGGGGCCCGGCGAUGUAACGGAGCCUGGUCUUGAUCUGCUCCCAGAGCUAACAAACCCAGAUGAGCUGCUGACCUACCUAGGUCCUCCUGACCUUCCCAACAACAGUAACGAUGAUCUGCUCUCGCUGUUUGAGAGCAACUGAGCUCCUACACAGUUUAUACACCACCUCCAGCUAAGCCACACCACCCUUAAAAAGAAAAAAAAAUCUCCCAGCAGUACAUACUCCUAACACGCUAUGAGGAGGUUUUGGGGGGGGAUCAGGUUGUGGAUCCUUGCAAACAUUUAAGCCUAAUUUUUGGCCUGCUCUGUUCCUUUGAGACUGGAAUGCAGAAAUGUUCAUAGCGAGGAAGGCGCAGAAGAUUUAACCCGACUUUGACGUUACUGUUAGUCUGCCUCUGAAAAAUGUCAUGGUUUUAUUGUUCUUUUUUUUUUCUUUCUAAUUUUAAAGAGUCCCUUUUAUACUUCCAGCUCCUGCAAAAUCCAUUUGUAGAAAAGCACCCCAUCUGAUGUCUAACUUGUGCUUGGUGUAAAUUACAUCACAUUUGGAGUAUAUGGAAUUUGCCCAUUUGUUGUUUAUUCUUGAUCAUGUUUUCCUCAAGUGUGAAGUACAGACUUCUUCAAAAUCCAGAAUUUGUCGACAACAAGAAGAUCCGAAUUUUGAUAAAGUUACGGGCUCUUUAAGGAUGAAAUCAGGAAAAAAAACAAGCCAAAAUAUGUCUAGCUUCUGUUGUAACUUGAAUGCAUGUAAAAGCCGGGAAUGCCAAUGGACCCUGAAAAACACAAGACACAUACUUGCCUUACUUCAACAGGUUAAAAAAAGAAAGAAAGAAAAUCACCACCAGUAAGCUAGCAUGCUAUCAUAUGCCCACACCUUUACUUGAUUUCACAAAAUUUGUACUUUAAGUCCUGGAGUUAGCUUAUACUUUGUGUUAGGAGCCUCUGCAUGCCCUUGUCCAUCACCUUGUUGUUUAGAGAUGCAGUCGCAAACUAUAUCUCGCUGUAGCAUCAAAGAAACGUACUGUACUCAUUUGCCAACCUUAAAAAAAAAAUAAAGAAAUAAAAUUAGGCUGUGUCUUGAGGGAGGGCUUUAAAUCCAGCGCUAUCUGGCAGACACUGUGGAUAUGAGAAAACCAUUCAAUCCCUGGGAGUGUCUUUACGCAAGAUGAAAUACAAGAAGCACACAUUAACGCACACACGUACCACAAACUGUACCGAGUGUGUAUCUCCGACACUUUGCUCUACUCGCAGCUCUUUGCCUCCUUGUCUGUUUUAUUCCCCUUUUUAAACAGUGGUGUCUUCCUGCACUGUUGGCACAAAAGUCCUGUGCUGAUUGUAAUUCUGUUCCACACAAGAAAAGGAACAAAGUCACAAUCCCAAACGUUCUCUAGUCACACAGCCUUUACCUUCUAGGACUUGUGUUUUUUUUAGUUGCCUUUAGAUAUGCAAUUUCCCAUCGUUCAGCAGAAGGACUCGGCAGAAAGAAGAGGUCUCUCAGAGCACAAGCAACUCAAUCACAUCUUAGCAGACAGGGUAUCUCUUUCACAAAUGCACACUCGAACUCAAAGAAUGCGACUCUGUUGUUUUAAGAGUGCGUUCAGGUCCUAAAGUUUUGCAGUCUCACAUUUUGCCUCUGACAUUCGGAUCUUACAUCUUUUGCAGUACGGUGGCCUCUUGAUGGUCCGGUCUAAUGGCAGUACCCAUUACUUGUUACUGAUAAGGAACAUUUAGAGAGCUGUGUUGAAAAUAUGUACAGAUAUAGGAUUAUUAUUGCUACAGAUCUAUACACACUCUGUACCCCAUGAUAAAACAGGCAUACACUUUAAACACUAUGACAAACAUUCGUUUUUGUCCGAAAAGUUCUUGUUCCUUUGCAAAAAAAAAAAAAAAAAAAAAGACUAGAAGGAGAGAGAGGGACAGUCUGCUGCCCUGUAUCCUGUCUUGUCUUACUUUAUUAUUUAUGAUUGCUCUCUGGAUGCUGUUGGCUAUGUGCAGUUUGUAUCCUAAACAAUCCAGGGAGGGUCAGGAGUUCUUGGAUGUGCAAUUGUUUUUUGAAGACAUUUGUGUAUCAUACGAAUUUAUCUUUUGAUUAUAUAAUUAUUGUUAUUAUAAUAAUUAUAAAGAUAAUUGGUGGACCUGUAUGCAUCUCUUACGUGUGUUAUCUAGCAAAGUUUAUGAAUUUGUUUUUAAAAAAGAAAACAGAAAAAAAAAAAAAGCUUCAUUUCAUCACCAGAUCUGUGACCAUGAAGGGUUUCAAUAAGAGAGCGGAGGAGCGUCUUUGAGACCAGCAGCAAGUCACACUUACUGUUCGUCCAGCUGUUUAAAAAAAAAAAAAAAAAGUUUGACUGUCAUGUGUAGGUGAAUCUUUUAUGUUUUAACGAUUGAAUUAAACUUGUAAAAUCUUAA